AUGUCUCCUAAGAUUGCCAUUGUUGGUGCUGGUCCUGCCGGCCUGACACUCGCCUCUAUUCUUGUUCGCAACGGCAUCACACCUACGGUGUUCGAGCAUGAUGCAUCCUCGACAGCACGUAUUCAGGGUGGCUCUCUCGAUCUGCACCCUGGAACCGGUCAAGCAGCCCUGGACGCAUGCGGACUGACUGCAGAAUUCAAGAAGUAUGCCCGCUACGAAGACCAAGACGCAUCCCUGUGCGACAAGUACGGAAAACGGUACUUGGAAUCGAAAGGUCAAGAUGCUGGUCGCCCGGAAAUUGACCGUGGUCAGAUUCGUCAAAUGUUACUGGACUCACUUCCAGAUGGAGUUAUUAGAUGGGGCCAUCAUCUUGUCGCGGCCACCGAAGACUCUCUUCAAUUCAAAGACCACACCGAAACUGGAUUCGACUUGAUUGUGGGUGCCGACGGAGCAUGGUCAAAAAUCAGACCGCUAUGUUGUACUGUUACUCCAUACUACGCCGGAAUUACUUGUGCUGUAAUGGAUCUGCAGGACACAAGCGUUAAGUACCCAGCUAUUUCUGAAAUGCUUGGGAAUGGCACGAUAUAUGCCCUGGGAUGCGAUGAUGGUCUUGCCAUGUCAUUUCAGCGCAAUGACAACGAUGUGAUCAAGGUAGUGGCAUCUGGAAGAUGGCAGGAAGGGUGGCUGAAGAAGAUUGGUCUGAAUGAAAGUGACCAUGCUGGCAUUCUCGCCCGUCUCAAGAAGGAGUACAAGGACUGGGCUCCGGAAUUCAUCAGAGUAUUUGACGAGUACAAGGGCGACGUGUCAGUGCUGCCGUUGUACAUGCUUCCUGUUGGGCUACGAUGGCCUUCGCGGCAAAAGGUAACCAUCAUUGGAGACGCAGCUCAUCUGAUGACCCCGUUUGCUGGCGAGGGCGUGAACUUGGCCAUGGCAGAUGGUAUGAAUCUUGCAAAUGCAAUUAUUGCCCAUCCCGAUAAUAUCGCUGCUGCAAUUGCAGAAACAGAAACGAGAAUGUGGAAAAUGGCGAAAGUCGCCAGCAAUCUUGCAUGGGAAAACGGCUUGCUCAGAUAUGAACCCGGCGGUUUGGAGAAAUGGGUAGCAUUUCUGAAGGAGAAAUUCGAGAAGCAGGGUGACCUGCAGCUCUUGGAACUACUGGACAAAAAGCAGUAA